UCAGCAUGUCAAAUAGAUGCAACUCGAAAUCAUCACAAAUCGCUACGCAAAACUUAACACCGCUGAAUAAUUAAUAAUUCGUCAAAUAAUCUGUGUUAUCGCCAGCGCAAAUUGCGCCGAAACUCGCGGACGAUGAGCGACAACGAGGACGACUUUAUGAUCGAAGAUGAAGAAGAUUACGGCUUGGAAUAUUCAGAGGAUAGUAAUUCCGAGCCGGAUGUCGACUUGGAGAACCAAUACUAUAAUUCUAAGGCGCUCAAAGAGGAUGAUCCAAAGGGUGCACUCACAUCAUUUCAGAAAGUCUUGGAUCUUGAAAGUGGAGAGAAAGGAGAAUGGGGUUUUAAAGCUCUCAAGCAGAUGAUUAAGAUCAAUUUCAAGCUGGGGAAUUUCAAAGAGAUGAUGACCAGAUACAAGCAGUUGCUUACUUAUAUAAAAAGUGCAGUAACAAGAAACCAUAGUGAGAAAUCAAUUAAUUCAAUUUUGGAUUAUAUUUCUACAUCAAAAAAUAUGGAAUUACUGCAGGACUUUUACGAAACAACACUAGAAGCUUUAAAAGAUGCCAAGAAUGAUCGGUUAUGGUUUAAAACCAAUACAAAACUUGGUAAAUUGUAUUAUGAUCAAGGUGAUUUCAACAAGUUAGCAAAAAUUCUCAAACAAUUGCAUCAAUCAUGUCAGACUGAUGAUGGUGAGGAUGACUUGAAGAAAGGCACGCAACUGUUGGAGAUUUACGCGCUGGAAAUACAGAUGUACACUGAGCAGAAGAACAAUAAGAAACUGAAAACACUGUAUGAGCAGUCAUUGCACAUCAAGUCUGCUAUUCCACAUCCUUUGAUAAUGGGAGUGAUUAGGGAAUGUGGUGGAAAGAUGCAUCUGCGUGAGGGAGAGUUUGAACGAGCUCACACUGACUUUUUCGAGGCUUUCAAGAACUACGACGAGUCGGGAAGCCCACGAAGAACAACUUGCUUAAAAUAUUUAGUACUUGCCAAUAUGUUGAUGAAAUCAGGAAUAAACCCCUUCGAUUCGCAGGAAGCCAAGCCUUACAAAAACGACCCUGAGAUUCUAGCGAUGACAAAUCUAGUAAAUGCGUAUCAGAACAACGAUAUCAACGAUUUCGAGCUGAUCUUAAGACAGAAUCGUCAAAAUAUUAUGGAUGAUCCUUUUAUACGCGAACACAUUGAAGAUUUAUUGAGAAAUAUCCGCACCCAAGUACUUAUCAAAUUAAUUCGUCCCUACACGCGAAUCAACAUACCGUUUAUCUCAAGAGAAUUGAACAUUGAUGAAGACGACGUGGAGAAUUUGCUAGUUUCGUGCAUUUUAGACAAUACAAUCCAAGGACGCAUCGACGAAGUCAACCAUGUUCUCUUCCUGGAGAAGCCGAACGUCAACACGACGCGUUACAAUGCUCUGGACCGGUGGACGAAUCAACUGGGCGCGCUACACAUCUCAGUGGUGAACAAGAUGGCCUAAACACACCACACCACUCGCGUAUUAACUGUUUUUUAAUGCUAAUAUUAUUGAUAAGCAAUCUGCGGAUAAUCGAACCAGUGUUUGCGCAUCAUUCGUUCGGAUGGUGUGUGCGAUGAUGCCAAAAGUGAAAUUAUGUGUUAUUUAAUUUAAGAAAUGCACAUUCUAGAUGCACAACUAGAACAAACAAACAUCUUACAUGCAACUUGCAACAAUGCUGCGUAAUGGCAUUGUUCCGAAAGAGACCGAAAAGAAAUCAGUGAAUCUAAUUAAAUAUUAAGAUAUAUUCGAUUGAAUCAACCACUGUGCAUUAACUCUGUGAAUUAUCUUAGGUUUGCAUAUUUAAUGAAUUGAAAUUAGUUUCGGAAAUCGAACGAUUCGUACGUAUGGUUGUUGAGUUGUGACAGUAAUAACAUUCUGUACGAUUAUCAGUGUUUAGUAACAACAAUAAAAGAAGGAUUUACAUGUUU